GGCCACUUGCUUGCCGAUUUCACUUUGAUUCAAGUCUUUCUCUUUAGAGUCUCCAGACGCGUUUCCUGCGUCUCCCUCGCCCUUUCUCUUUAAGAGUUGAAGAUCGUCAUUCUCGAAUUUCGACAAACAUUUUCCAAAACUUUUCUCUUGAUUUUGUUUCCUCUGCAUUUCCAUUUCUCCAGAUUGAAUAUAAUAUCUUCCUGUCUCCUGCCUGAUCAAGCAGUGUAUUUUUACUCAUUAAAAGAAUGUUAGGUCUUAAGAAAUCUCCAUUUAAGACUGCUAAGCAUAAUUCAGUUGAUCCUGGGCGUGUUGCUCCUUCUCGCUCCAACCCUUUUGAUUCUGAUGACGAGUUGGACAAUAAGCAAACCCUUAAACCUUCCAGAAGGACUUCUUCUGAACCUACGCUGAAUCCUCCCAACUUUGGCACAAACCCUUUUGAUGAUGAUGAAGAGAAGGUGAACUCUUCUUCUUCUUCUUCAUAUUGGCAAGCUUCAGCGACUCGCAACAAGUAUAAGAAUGAUUUCCGUGACUCUGGAGGAGUAGAGAACCAAUCAGUUCAAGAAUUGGAGAACUAUGCUGUCUACAAGGCUGAGGAGACUACAAAGACUGUCAAUAACUGUGUGAAGAUUGCAGAAGAAAUGAGAGAGGGUGCCACCAACACUUUGAUCACCUUACAUCAGCAGGGUGAGCAAAUUACCAGGACCCACGAUGUGGCUGCUGGCAUUGAUCACGACCUCAGUCGGGGUGAGAAGCUUUUGGGAAGUCUUGGAGGCAUGUUCUCCAGAACUUGGAAGCCAAAGAAGACUCGUCCAAUAGUUGGCCCUGUUAUAACAAGAGAUGUUUCACCUAAGCGAAGUGGUGGCCGCUUGGAACAGAAAGAGAAGCUGGGAUUGAAUCCUAGGGGACGCUCGAAAUCUCAAACACCACCCCCAGAAUCCACAAAUGCAUUUCAGAAAGUUGAGGUUGAAAAGGCAAAGCAGGAUGAUGCCCUCUCUGAUUUAAGUGACCUAUUGGGAGAGCUGAAGGAUAUGGCUGUUGAUAUGGGGUCUGAAAUUGGGAGGCAAAAUAAAGCUCUGAAUGGUCUCCAGGAUGAUGUGGAUGAGCUAAAUUUCCGUGUGAAAGGUGCAAAUCAACGUGCUCGUCGAUUACUUGGAAAGUAAAUUUCAAGUCUCAAGAUUUUGCUUAUGCUGCCAGCCUUCCCUGCCCUUCUAUUUCGCUGUUCUGCUCUGUCAUAGUGAUUCCGUGCACAUACAAAUUUGGAUUAGACAUCUUUAUUCACAUCUAUUGAUAUACAGUGAAACUCUUGACUAUUUGGAUCAAUUUUCCUCUUACCAUGCAUGGAAGUGUUCAUUAUUAAGACCUUUUGGCCUUUGUA